AUGUCAUUUUCCAGUGGAUCAUUUGCUCAUUCAAAGGAUUCUCCUAGGUGGCCAUACCCUUUUCCGGAGCUUUCAACUCUCCUAGGUGGCCAUACCCUUUUCCGGAGCUUUCAACACCGUGUGAACCUCUAUGGUAAUUUGCUUUUGAUGUUUGCUUCGCUAAUCAGCAAGAAGACUUUGAAAGGGAGAUUUUGCUUCAGGAUUAUUUCACCAACAAAGAACUACACUUUACAG